CGUAUUGGAGGGGCGUAGAAAGGAGGCCAUAUUGUACAGUUAAAUUGAAAGAACGAAAAUAAUUAUAUCAGCGUGAAGUGGGCACUAUUUAUCGUAAUAUUUUUAUCUCCUGUCUUUCAACGAACGUUAGUUGAAAUUCACAGUUACAAAACAAGUAAGAGGAGCCAAUCCGUGGGCUCCUGAUAUUUUAUACAUAAAUAUAUUUUAGUAGUGUAUUUCGAUCGAGAGAGGCAUCGUCGGUCUAUAUUACAGGAGUUUGUUGCUGCAAGCGAAAUGGGCACUCGAGAUGACGAAUAUGACUAUUUAUUUAAAGUUGUCCUUAUUGGUGAUUCCGGAGUAGGAAAAAGUAACCUACUAUCUCGUUUCACGCGUAAUGAGUUUAAUUUGGAAUCAAAGUCUACUAUAGGUGUUGAAUUUGCAACACGUAGUAUACAAGUAGAUGGUAAAACUAUUAAAGCUCAAAUUUGGGAUACAGCUGGACAAGAACGUUAUCGAGCUAUUACCUCUGCAUAUUAUCGGGGUGCAGUUGGAGCAUUGUUGGUAUAUGAUAUUGCAAAACAUUUGACAUAUGAAAAUGUUGAAAGAUGGUUACGAGAAUUACGGGACCACGCCGAUCAAAAUAUUGUGAUCAUGUUAGUGGGAAACAAAUCAGAUUUAAGGCAUUUACGUGCAGUUCCAACUGAUGAGGCUAAAGCAUUUGCAGAGAGAAAUGGUCUUUCAUUUAUUGAAACCUCUGCUUUAGAUUCUACCAAUGUUGAAACAGCGUUCCAAAAUAUAUUAACAGAAAUAUACAGAAUCGUAUCACAAAAACAGAUACGAGAUCCACCAGAGGGAGAUACAAUUCGACCCCAAAAUGUAGAACCUAUUGAUGUCAAGCCAACAAUGAGUUCUGAUGGAAUGCGUAAACAGUGCUGUCAGUGACUUACCUUGCUGCUUAAAAUAAGCAGUCUCAAGGAGGAAGAAUGGAAUAAGAUACUGAUGAUAAAUAUGGCAAGUGCAUAAUGAUUUAAGACUAUAUGCACAAGUCCAUAAUGUCAUAUGUUUGAAGAAUUUGUAACCCCAACAACAUCAGGGUAUACUACUCAUUGAUGCUCAUAUGAGUAUACAUAUUAUGCAUUCACAGAAAUAGUUAAAAAUGAAAAAAAAACAAGCAUCACGGUUAUGCAUGAUGCAGUAAAAGUGAAUACAUAUGCAUUAUUCUGUCCUUAAAUUUAUCUUUAACCUGUCUGUUUUCAUAUUUUUGAUCAUAUACGAGGUCUGUUCAUGUAACAGAGAGAAACAUAUAUAAAUAUUGUAUAUAUAAUUGUCGUGUAUAAUUAAAUAUAAUAUUAUUUGAUUCUUACUAUAUACAAAGAAUAAAAUCUCUAUUAUAUGAUAAACGUAUGUUGCAGAAAAAGGAAUUUAUUUAUGAAAUAAUAUAAGAAACAUGUUUCCCUUUAAACUAAAAGUUAUGAAACAUUAUACUAUAAUAUUAUAAUAAAAUAAUUUACUGGUUAUAAGUUAUUAAGAAAUAUGAAAAAAUGGUAAAAACAGUAAUGACGUCUUUUAAUAUGAAUAUUUUUUUCGUUAGAAAAAAUUUCAUUAAACCUAUAGUGAGAUGCACUUAAGGAACUACCUAUCUUUCAAUCUCUUUCUACCUCUCUCUUUCUCUUAUUGAAUUUGAAUGAAUAGUCCUCGUAUAUUGCAUUUAACAAAAAAAGAGUUCUGUUUUUACUCAAUUUAAAGAUAUUUCACUUUAUAUAACAUAUAGACAUUAUUGUGAGUAUGUAAAUAAUUUAUAAUCAUUUGCUUACAAUGAAAUAAUGCAGUAAAAUACAAAGUAAACUGCUAAGAAUAGUGCAUAAUAGUAGAUCAAAGCUUAUAACAAAAAAAAAAAAA